AUGGCGGCCCCUCUCUACGUCACGCAGUCCGGUCGGCUCUGGCACGCCGGUCUCAUCCUCAUCGUCACGGUUGGUCUUCCAGCUCGGGGCAAGACGCACAUCUCCCGCGCGCUUGAACGUUAUCUCCGCUGGCUCGGAGUCAAGACCCGCGUCUACUCAUUGGGGGACUAUCGUCGCAAGGUCCUCGGUGGAGCAGAGAAUAUCCCAGCAGACUACUUCAAGUUGAAUAAGACGGAACGGACGGACGAAACGAAUACGCUUCGGCGCAAGAUCAAGCUGGAUCUGGAAGAAGAGAUCUGGGACUACUUCCAGGUCCAGGGAGGGCAGGUCGUCAUCUAUGAUGCGAAUAAUGGGAAUAUGAAGUCGAGGAAGGAGACGAGGGACCGGUUUGAGGAGCGAGGGGUACAUGUUAUCUUCCUUGAAUCCCAGUGCGACAAGGAGGACAUCAUCACUGCCAAUAUCCGCUCCGUCAAGCUUUCUUCACCCGAUUAUCAAGGCUGGGAUGCCGACCGCGCGGUCGCAGACUACUGGUCCCGAAUCCGCGACCAGCAGGUCUUCUACGAAGAGGUCACGGCCGAAGAAGGACCGUUCAUCAAGGUCAUGAAUGUCGGCGAGCGGAUCGAGGUCAACCGGAUUGAGGGAUACCUGCAGUCCCGAUGCUGUUUCUUCUUGAUGAACAUACAUACUUCCCCUCGAACCAUUUACUUUGCACGAUCCGGCCAAAGCUUGAUCGAACACUCCUAUAAGGCCGACUCGGACCUCUCUUCGGCAGGUUGGGAAUACGCAGAUCGGCUCAAAGCAGCCGUCAUGGCUCGUCGGAAGGCUGUUCGCGCUGAGAGGCGGCGAAAGAGCGAGGUUGGUGGAGAGAGUGAGGAGAACCCGUUGAUUGUCUGGACAUCGGCAAGAAGGCGAGCGUACCAUACCGCCUGGCCUUUUGUCCAUUCAGGGUACAAGGUGGUUCAGAAACCCAUCAUGAGCGAGAUCAACCCUGGUGUAUGGGAUGGUCUGAGUACGCAAGAGGCGAAAGAGCGGUACCCUGAUGAGUGGGAGCGGUUCUUGGCCGAUCCAUAUGCUCACCGCGCGCCUCGAGCGGAAUCGUACCACGAUCUAUCUGUCCGGGUUGAGCCUAUUAUCUUCGAGCUCGAGCGAUGUCAAGAGGACCUGCUCAUCAUUGGACACGCCUCUGUUAUUCGUUGUCUCCUCGCCUACCUUGUCGGCCUCCCGCCCAACGAAGUGCCCGCAGUCGAGAUCGCCCGGGGCGACCUCGUCGAAGUCACUCCCGCAUCCUACGGCGUCGUGUCUCGCGCCUUCCACUUCUGGUCCGGCGAAGGCAGAGGCGACCUGGCCGGCGGAAACCUAUACGAGAACUUUGCAGAAGCCACCACGGGCAAAGGCCGGAUCCCUGCCGAGUCGGGUGUCAACUUUGCGGCGGACGCGAUGGACAUGGAGCGCGAGGCGAGGGAUGAGCAGGAUAUGGAUAAAGAGAGGAAGAAGAGGAUGUCGGCCGGUAUGGGGUUGGGGUUGGAGAAGAUGAAGAGUCUGGAGGGGGGCAGGGGGACGGCGUCGGCCCCGCCAGAGGUUGUUAGGGAGGAGGCGGAAGAGGCGCGGGAGGACUUGUUUGAUGAGCAGGAAGGAGAGGCGACUGGGCAGAAGCGCGAUGGGAGGGCUAUGAGCAUCAUUCAGAUCUAG